AUGUCACUUCUCAUUCCUACUCAAGACGAUUACAAAGAUGCUCAUGGCGAUCCAGCUCAACAAGAAGAGUACUACAAAUUGUGGGAUAAACUUAGAUUGGAAAGGAAUUCCGAUGGUCAAUUGAAGUAUCCGUGGGAUUUUGAAGUUGUUCACGGCUUCUUUAAGCAAAGUGACCCAAAAACUGACGAUUUAAACUUCAAUUAUGCUACUGACCAUAUGGGUCGUUUGAAAUCGUGGCCAGCAAUUAUUUCUGAGUUGGUUGAGUUAAACAAGAAUGCUCCAGAUAACGUUGAGUACAAGUUGAUUUUUUUGGCAAGACACGGAAACGGGUACCAUAACGAGAUUGUGACCAAAUAUGGUCUUGAUGAAUGGAAUAGAGAAUUACAUAAAUUGGGCGAGUAUAACGGUAUCAAAUAUGGACCAGAUCCAGAAUUGACCGAGUUGGGUUUGGCACAAGCCAAGGAAAAUCAUGAUUUAUGGGAAAAUGAGUUGAAAGAAGGUGCUCCAAUACCUAGUAAAUUUUACGUUUCUCCAUUACAAAGGUCUUGUAGAACAUUACAGAUCACCUGGGAUGGGUUAAAACCAGAAGCGAAGCAUCCACAAGUGCUCGAAAAGAUUAGGGAGACAAUUGGAAAGAAUUUGUGCGACAAAAGAUCUCCAAAGUCAGUUAUAGACGAAAGAUUUGGCAAAUACGGAUUUGAAACUGAGGGCGGUAUAGUCGAUGAAGAGGAUAUACUUUUCAAAACUGAUAAGAGGGAGACGAUGAUAGAACAAACUUUAAGAAUCAUGGGUUUUUUACAAGAUUUGUUUAACGAAGAUUGUGAUAAAGAACUGGGCAAAGUAGAUAAAAAAGAGGCCGAGGAGAAUAUAUUUAUUUCAACUACUACCCAUGCAGGAACCAUUCGAGCAUUUAUCCUCGCCAUUAACCAUCGUAAUUACACGAUACCCACUGGUGGUAUGCUUCCAGCAGUUGUGAAAGGAACAAAGAGACAAUAA